AUGACAAAAGACUCUGCGCAUUUGACGGAACUUCGCGUCUGCGCAUGUGACGGCUUGUUCGCCUUGCGGACGUCACCGGAGAUGCACUUGGACUCUUCGGUAGCGUUCGCUAGCCCGGCCAAGACGUCAGCUGAUCAGCAGCAAAGGGAUAUCGUCUCGACUACUAUCUAUCGACGGUCAAGGCUUUCGCUCGUGCUGAUAGCGAAAGUCGGACUUUUCGAGUCUUUGCCGUUUUAA